AUGGUUGUUGCUUCCAUGGGGGCUGUGAGGAUGUCCCAGAUGUGGAUGCUGAGAUGGGUCACCCUACUGGUGGGGCUACAGCUGAUACAAGCAGACUUCAUGAAUGAUUUUGCAAUAAUGGAUGAAAUGUGGCCAACAACAACAACAACAGCGUUCUCUAUGACAAAUGUGCCAGUAACUACAGUUGUACCAAAUCCUGAUCAUCAGUCCACGAUCUGCAGCACAUGGGGAAAUUUCCACUUCAAGACCUUUGAUGGUCAAUUCUUUCAAGUGCCAGACACAUGCAACUAUGUUCUGACAGUGAUGUGUGACAUUACGGUUUCUGAUUUUAACAUCCAAAUGCAAAGAGAGACUGUGAAUGGCUCAAUCACUUUUAGCACAGUCACAAUAAAGCUGGAGGGAACAAUCAUCAAAAUCACUAACGGCGACAUCACCAUGGGGGAAGAAAUGGUGUCUGUUCCGACCUAUAAGAAUGGAAUUAAAAUUGAGGGAAGUCCAACAAGUGUCAAGAUCUCGAACAAACAUGGAGUGACUGUCUUCUGGGAAGAAGACAACUCUCUAACAAUUGAACUUCCUGAGAAGUACAAAGGUCUGACCUGUGGACUCUGUGGAGACUUUAAUGGCAACAAGCAUGACGAUAUCACUGUUAGCGGUCCAGCCACAUGGAAAGUUUCAACACCAACUGAAACCUGUGAGGAUGUUACACUUCCUCCCAUUGAUCAGUGUGACCAGACAAGUGUUUGCCAGCAGUAUCUCAGCAGUCCUGGGUUUGCUGACUGUUACAGGGUGAUGGACAUGAGUUCAUUUGAAAAAGCCUGUGUAGACGACCUGUGUCAGUGUUACGGCAAUCACGACUGUCUCUGCAACACGCUCACAGAGAUUUCACGACAGUGCACUCAUGCUGGAGGAAUACCAGGAACAUGGAGGACAGAACAGCUCUGUCCAAAGACGUGUCCUUUGAACUUGCAAUACAUGGAGUGUGGGAAUCCGUGCAAGAACACCUGCUCAGAUCCAGAUGCAAAUCUAAUGUGUAAAGAACACUGUCUGGAUGGCUGUUUUUGCCCUAAUGGCACUGUGGAAGACGACAUUGGUCUGAGUGGCUGCGUUCCUGUGAACAAGUGCCCUUGUCUGCAUGACGGCACAGUAUAUCGAUCAGGAGAGUCUUACAAACAAGCUUGCAAAAAAUGUGUGUGCGCUGCUGGACACUGGACUUGUACAUACCUGGAAUGUCCCGGAAUCUGCUCUGUUGUUGGAGGGUCUCACAUCACCACUUAUGAUGGAAAGACCUUCACCUUCAGUGGCAACUGUGACUACAUCCUUACUAAGCACUCUAAUGACAGUGACAUUGCAGUUGUGGGAAAUCUGGCAAAUUGUGAUCCGGCCCGAGCAGACACUUGUCUAAAUUCAGUCACCCUUGUCAUUCCAGGGACCACUAUUAGUUUUUCUUCUGGUGGAUCUGUGGCAGUGAAUGGAAUCAGUUCAUACAUGUUUCCUUUCACCACAGGUCCUGUGAGCAUCUUCCAGCCCACUUCCUCUUUCAUCAUUGCUGAUAUGAAGAGCAUUCGUCUAGAGAUCCAGUUGGCUCCUGUCAUGCAGUUGUAUAUUGUAGCCAGCACUGAAGAGAAAGGGAAGAUGAGUGGUCUGUGUGGGAACUAUAACGACAUCCAAUCAGAUGACUUUAAAACAACAUCGGGCAUCAUAGAGGGCACACCAACAUCCUUUGUCAACUUUUGGAAACAAAAUUGCCCAGAUCUUGAAAUCACAUUUGACAACCCCUGCAGCUUGAAUAUAGAAACAGAGCAACUUGCAAAAGACUGGUGUUCCCGUCUCACAAACCCAAAUGGCAGCUUUGCUGCAUGUCACUCAGAAAUAUGUCCUGAGAUGUACUACCAAUGGUGUGUCUACGAUACCUGCAAAUGUGCAGAUAUUAGGAAGUGUAUGUGUGCAGCCGUGUCCAACUAUGCCCACGCCUGUGCUGUCAGAGGAGUCAUUCUCCAGGGCUGGAUGGAUUCUGACCCCUGUGACAUGAUUUCGAAGUGUUCAGGGAACAUGAAGUACUCCUAUGGGGUAACCAGCUGUGGCAGCACCUGCCGCUCUCUCAGUGAACAAGACAACACCUGCCAAGGGUCCUUCACACCUGUAGAUGGUUGCACCUGUUCUGAGGGAACCUACCUCAAUGAAGGCGGUAGCUGUGUACAUGCUGAUCAGUGUCCUUGUUACUAUGGCAACCAGGUCAUAGAGCCAUCAGCAGUGUUCGACAAAGAUGGUGCUAAAUGCACCUGUAACCUUGGCAAACUGCAUUGCUCCAGUCAAAAAGACUGUGUGGCUCCAAUGACAUUCUUCAAAUGCUCAAAUCAUGGAGAAAAAGGAACGGAGUGUCUGAGGACAUGUGAAAAGCAAGAUCCAAACAACUGUGUGAGUAUGGGGUGUACAUCAGGGUGUAUGUGUCGAGAUGACCUACUUGCUGAUGGAAAAGGUGGGUGUGUGAAGAUGGAAAAAUGUCCAUGUACCCAUAAUGGAGUCACCUAUUCACCUGGAGAGCAAGUUCAACAGGACUGUAACACCUGCACAUGCACAAAUGGAAUGUGGACUUGUACUGAAAAGGCGUGCUAUGGCACCUGUACCAUCUACGGUGAAGGUCAUUUCAGGACUUUUGAUGGCAGAAGAUAUUCCUUCCACGGAGACUGUGAACACACCAUCGCCCAUGAUUAUUGCGAUAUGAACCCCAGUCCCUCCUUCCGCCUGGUCACAGAGAACAUCCCUUGUGCCACCACCAACUCCAUUUGCUCCAAGUCCAUCAAUCUGUUCUUUGGGAAAUACGAGAUGAUUUUAUCUGAGGAGGAAGAUGUGAAGGUUGUUGAAAGCAAUGGCACAGAGUACCGAUAUAAAAUUACUUCUGCAGGCAUAUAUGUUGUCAUAGAGGUUGAAGGUCUUUUGAACUUAAUUUGGGAUAAAAAAACAAGUGUGAUGAUCCAACUCAAUCACAAAUUAAAGAGCAAGGUGUGUGGACUCUGUGGAAACUUUGAUGGUAAUGCGAACAAUGACUUUAUGAAGCACAAUGGAGAAGUGGUGACAGAUCCAGAAGAUUUUGGGAAUAGCUGGAAGGUGAAUCCAAAAUGUCCUGAUGUGACAAACGUGAUGCAUCCUUGUGACGCAAAUCCACAUCGACGUGCCUGGGCUAUCAAACAAUGCAUAAUCAUCACAACCCCUGUCUUUACAGACUGCCAUUCACUUGUAGAUUCUGGUCCAUACUAUGAUGCAUGUGUAAGGGACACCUGUGCAUGUGACAGUGGGGGUGACUGUGAUUGUCUCUGUACUGCAGUGGCAGCUUAUGCUGCUGAAUGCCGUAAAAGAGGUGCUUGUGUGGCAUGGCGAAGACCAGACUUUUGCCCUUUGUUCUGUGACUACUACAACGCUCCAGGAGAAUGUGAGUGGCACUAUAAACCCUGUGGAUCCACUUGCAUGAAAACCUGCAAAAACCCCUCAGGAACUUGCUCUGAUCAAAUUCCUCCCCUUGAGGGAUGUUUUCUUCAGUGCCCUUCAGAGAGGCCAUAUUUCAGGGAGGAGACUAUGAAGUGUGUCACAGAGAAAGAAUGUAAAGACUGUUUGUAUAAUGGGAAGGUAUAUCCACGUGGAUCGUACAUUUACAAAACCACAGAUGGGAAUGGUGUAUGUUUCACUGCUCUGUGUGACUCCAAUGGGGAAAUAAUAAGAAUUGUUACUGAAUGCCCCUCCACCUCAACACCUUUCACUUUCACAACUACACCUGAAACUACGACACCUACGUCAACAGAAACAUCACCUACAACUGUUACAAUAACACCCACAUCAACAGAAACACCAUCCACAAUCACAUCCACUACCACUACAACUAUUGGAACAUCAACACCUACAUCAACAGAAACAUCAUCUACAACUGUUACAGUAACAUCUACAUCAACAGAAACACCACCCACAAUCACAUCCACUACUACUCCAACUACUGGAACAUCGACACCUACGUCAACAGAAACAUCACCUACAACUGUUACAAUAACACCCCCAUCAACAGAAACACCAUCCACAAUCACAUCCACUACCACUACAACUACUGGAACAUCGACACCUACAUCAACAGAAACAUCACCUACAACUGUUACAAUAACACCCCCAUCAACAGAAACACCAUCCACAAUCACAUCCACUACCACUACAACUACUGGAACAUCGACACCUACAUCAACAGAAACAUCACCUACAACUGUUACAAUAACACCCCCAUCAACAGAAACACCAUCCACAAUCACAUCCACUACCACUACAACUACUGGAACAUCGACACCUACAUCAACAGAAACAUCACCUACAACUGUUACAAUAACACCCCCAUCAACAGAAACACCAUCCACAAUCACAUCCACUACCACUACAACUACUGGAACAUCGACACCUACAUCAACAGAAACAUCACCUACAACUGUUACAAUAACACCCCCAUCAACAGAAACACCAUCCACAAUCACAUCCACUACCACUACAACUACUGGAACAUCGACACCUACAUCAACAGAAACAUCACCUACAACUGUUACAAUAACACCCCCAUCAACAGAAACACCAUCCACAAUCACAUCCACUACCACUACAACUACUGGAACAUCGACACCUACAUCAACAGAAACAUCACCUACAACUGUUACAAUAACACCCCCAUCAACAGAAACACCAUCCACAAUCACAUCCACUACCACUACAACUACUGGAACAUCGACACCUACAUCAACAGAAACAUCACCUACAACUGUUACAAUAACACCCCCAUCAACAGAAACACCAUCCACAAUCACAUCCACUACCACUACAACUACUGGAACAUCGACACCUACAUCAACAGAAACAUCACCUACAACUGUUACAAUAACACCCCCAUCAACAGAAACACCAUCCACAAUCACAUCCACUACCACUACAACUACUGGAACAUCGACACCUACAUCAACAGAAACAUCACCUACAACUGUUACAAUAACACCCCCAUCAACAGAAACACCAUCCACAAUCACAUCCACUACCACUACAACUACUGGAACAUCGACACCUACAUCAACAGAAACAUCACCUACAACUGUUACAAUAACACCCCCAUCAACAGAAACACCAUCCACAAUCACAUCCACUACCACUACAACUACUGGAACAUCGACACCUACAUCAACAGAAACAUCACCUACAACUGUUACAAUAACACCCCCAUCAACAGAAACACCAUCCACAAUCACAUCCACUACCACUACAACUACUGGAACAUCGACACCUACAUCAACAGAAACAUCACCUACAACUGUUACAAUAACACCCCCAUCAACAGAAACACCAUCCACAAUCACAUCCACUACCACUACAACUACUGGAACAUCGACACCUACAUCAACAGAAACAUCACCUACAACUGUUACAAUAACACCCCCAUCAACAGAAACACCAUCCACAAUCACAUCCACUACCACUACAACUACUGGAACAUCGACACCUACAUCAACAGAAACAUCACCUACAACUGUUACAAUAACACCCCCAUCAACAGAAACACCAUCCACAAUCACAUCCACUACCACUACAACUACUGGAACAUCGACACCUACAUCAACAGAAACAUCACCUACAACUGUUACAAUAACACCCCCAUCAACAGAAACACCAUCCACAAUCACAUCCACUACCACUACAACUACUGGAACAUCGACACCUACAUCAACAGAAACAUCACCUACAACUGUUACAAUAACACCCCCAUCAACAGAAACACCAUCCACAAUCACAUCCACUACCACUACAACUACUGGAACAUCGACACCUACAUCAACAGAAACAUCACCUACAACUGUUACAAUAACACCCCCAUCAACAGAAACACCAUCCACAAUCACAUCCACUACCACUACAACUACUGGAACAUCGACACCUACAUCAACAGAAACAUCACCUACAACUGUUACAAUAACACCCCCAUCAACAGAAACACCAUCCACAAUCACAUCCACUACCACUACAACUACUGGAACAUCGACACCUACAUCAACAGAAACAUCACCUACAACUGUUACAAUAACACCCCCAUCAACAGAAACACCAUCCACAAUCACAUCCACUACCACUACAACUACUGGAACAUCGACACCUACAUCAACAGAAACAUCACCUACAACUGUUACAAUAACACCUACUUCAACAGAAACACCAUCCACAAUUAGUACAACUACUGCUACAACAACAACUCCCAUCUGUGCUGAUAGAUGCACAUGGUCAGAUUGGAUUGAUGGCAACACACCCAGUACAGAGCCAGCAGGAUUUGAAACUGAAUCCAUUGAUGAAUUGCGGAAUUCAGGAAAGAUUAUCUGUCAGAGCCCUGAGGUGAUUGAAUGUAGGGCAGUAAAUUAUCCCCAAAAGUCUCUGCAAGAUUUGGGACAGACACUUUAUUGCAAUACAUCAUUUGGACUGUCAUGUUCAAAUGAAGACAAUUCAAAUGGCAUGCCACCACUUUGUUAUAAUUAUGAAAUACGUCUCAAAUGUUGUGAACCAGACUACCAGUGUACUCCUACUACAACGUCUCCAAGUACACUAACAUCAACUACCUCAACAACCACUGUAACACCAACACCUACAACAGUUACAAUAACACCCACAUCAACAGAAACACCAUCCACAAUCACAUCCACUACCACUACAACUACUGGAACAUCGACACCUACGUCAACAGAAACAUCACCUACAACUGUUACAAUAACUCCCACAUCAACAGAAACACCAUCCACAAUCACAUCCACUACCACUACAACUACUGGAACAUCGACACCUACAUCAACAGAAACGUCACCUACAACUGUUACAGUAACAUCUACAUCAACAGAAACAGCAUCUACAAUUACAUCCACUACUACUCCAACUACUGGAACAUCGACACCUACGUCAACAGAAACACCAUCUACAAUCACAUCCACUACUACCUCAACUACUGGAACAUCGACGCCUACGUCAUCAGAAACAUCCCCUACAACUGUUACAGUAACACCUACUUCAACAGAAACACCAUCUACAAUCACAUCCAUUACUACCCCAACUACAGGAACAUCGACACCUACGUCAUCAGAAACAUCCCCUACAAUAGUUACAGUAACACUUACAUCAACGGAAACGCCAUCUACAAUUAGUACAACUACUGCUACAACAACAACUCCCAUCUGUGCUGAUAGAUGCACAUGGUCAGAUUGGAUCGAUGGCAACACACCCAGUACAGAGCCAGAAGGAUUCGAAACUGAAUCCAUUGAUGAAUUGUGGAAAUCAGGAAAGAUUAUCUGUCAGAGCCCUGAAGUGAUUGAAUGUAGGGCUGUAAAUUAUCCCCAAAAGUCUCUGCAAGAUUUGGGACAAACACUUAAUUGCAAUACAUCAUUUGGACUGUCAUGUUCAAAUGAAGACAAUUCAAAAGGCAUGCCAUCACUUUGUUAUAAUUAUGAAAUACGUGUCGAAUGUUGUGAACCAGACUACCAGUGUACUCCUACUACAACGUCUCCAAGUACACUAACAUCCACUACCUCAACAACCACUGUAACACCAACACCUACAACUGUUACAAUAACACCCACAUCAACCGAAACACCAUCCACAAUGACAUCCACUAGCACUACAACUACUGGAACAUCGACACCUACAUCAACAGAAGAAUCACCUACAACUGUUACAAUAACACCCACAUCAACCGAAACACCAUCCACAAUGACAUCCACUAGCACUCCAACUACUGGAACAUCGAUACCUACGUCAACAGAAACAUCACCUACAUCUGUUACAGUAACAUCUACAUCAACAGAAACACCACCCACAAUCACAUCCACUACUACUCCAACUACUGGAACAUCGAUACCUACGUCAACAGAAACAUCACCUACAUCUGUUACAGUAACAUCUACAUCAACAGAAACACCAUCUACAAUCACAUCCACUACUACCCCAACCACUGGAACAUCGACGCCUACGUCAUCACAAACAUCGCCUACAACUGUUACAACACCUACAUCAACGUACACAACCACUACUAUCACACCAUCUACUGUAACAAUGACACCUACAUCAACAGAAAUAUCAUCUUCAGCUAGUACAAUUACUGGCACAACACCCACAUCAACAAAGACAUCUACAAGGACCUUCCCUACUACAACAAAGUUCACUGUGGAUACAGGGACAACUCCCAGGAUCACCUCAAAUCCACCAUCACCACAGUGUGCAUGCAAAUAUUUAAAUGAAACAUACUCAUUAAAUUCAACCAUCUACAAUCGAACAGAUCAAGCAGGUUGGUGCUAUACUGCCUACUGCAACUCCACCUGUGAUAUAGUGAUACAGUCUCAGCAAUGCAUACCACCCCCAAGAAACGACUGUGCACAAGUUAAAAGAAAGCAUAUGGAGUCAUGGAUUAAAGACUGCGUAAACAAAACAUGCAUAAAUGGCAGUGUCACCUCAAAACCUCUACAGUGUGACAAAUAUGCCAUACCUACAUGUACUAAUGGAAUUAAACCUAAGAAGGUGUCUUAUAACAAUGGCUGCUGCUUUAAGUAUGAGUGUGAAUGUAAAUGUAGUGGCUGGGGUGACCCACAUUACAAAACAUUCGAUGGAACAUACUAUGCUUUCCAGGGAAAUUGCACUUAUGUUUUGUUCCAAGAAAUCAUCCCAAGAUACAAUAUCAGUGUCCAUGUUAAAAACUAUUUUUGUGAUAUUGAAAAUAAUCUCGCCUGCCCUGAGUAUGUGAUUGUGAACUACAAAUCUUAUAAAAUCAAGCUGACUAGCAACACUAAAGAGGUCCAGGUCUAUGUUAAUGAUGAAAUUAAACAACUAACUUACAUAAAUAAUGACUUCUUCAUCACCACCUCUGGCAUGGCAGUAACUGUGAACAUCACUGAAAUCAAAGUUGACAUUUCUGUGAAUCAUCAAGGUUUUGAGAUCAAUCUCCCAUUCUCCUACUUCCAUGGUAAUACAGAGGGACAGUGCGGGGUUUGUGACAACAACCGUGCAAAUGACUGCAGACGUCCCGAUGGACAAAUCGACCCAUCAUGUGUGAACAUGGCACAGCUUUGGAUGGUCCCCCCAGGAUGCAAAACACCUCAAUCUCCACCUCCAUCUCCAUCUCCAACUCCAUUUAUUUCCUGCAAUGUGACGAUUUGUGAUCUCAUCAAGAGCGAUAUGUUUAUGAAAUGCCAUGGGGUCGUUCCUUAUGAAAAUUAUUAUGAAGCAUGCAAAUAUGAUGUGUGCCACAUGAAAAAGAGCUCUAUUGGUUGUACCAGUCUGGAGGCAUACGCUCUGAUAUGUGGCAAAGAGGGUAUCUGUGUAGACUGGAGAACAUCAGAUGAACUCACGAAAAAGUGUGAAUACAAGUGCCCCAGUCACAAAGUCUAUAAGGCAUGUGGUCCUAAAGUUGAAAAAACCUGCAGUACAAGGUACAAUGAUAAGUUUGUGGAGAAAGACUGUCAAGACAAUAACUGUCAUCAAACAGUCACGGAAGGCUGUUACUGUCCUGAUGAUAAAUACCUAGUUAGUUCAACGAUAGAUACCUGUACAUCUUAUUGCGAUUGCAUCGGCCCUGAUGGAUUACCUAGACAGCCUGGGGAUACAUGGACCAUGAGCUGUUAUGAAUACACAUGCUCCAACGAGACCUUUGGUAUUAAAACUGUGCCUGUCGGGUGUCUGGCUGAAAAGCCCUGUGGACCAGAACAAAAGAAAAUAAUUGAAAACUGCUGCCCAACCUGCGAGUGUGAUCUCGAGCUGUGUCUUCAGAAGAAAUGUGAUGUGGGAUACGAGUUGGCAGCAAAUAAAUCGGAAGACAGUUGCUGUCCACCCUGUGUGCCCAAAGACGUAUGUGUGUACAAUAACACUGAGUACCAGCCUGGAGUUAAAGUCCCCACAGAUCCUUGCAUCGAAUGUAACUGUCUAAUGGAUAAAGACCCACAGACCCAACUACAUCUCGUCACGUGCGCUUCUAUAGCCUGUGCACUUUGCCCUGACGGCUUUCUGCCAGUCAAACAAGAAGGAGAAUGCUGUGAAACAUGCAAGCUAAAUAACUGUUUUUAUACUGCGCCAGACAACACCACACAUAUUCUCAAGACUGGAGACACGCACAACUACAAGUGUGAGACUGUGACCUGUCAACAAAUUAAUGACACAUUUGUGAUUGAGAAGACCAUACCAACCUGUCCUGAGAUCAAUCCAUAUGAGUGUGUGCCUGGAACGCUGAAACUUGAUGCAGAUGGAUGUUGCAAUACCUGUGAGCUCAAGGACUGUAUUCGUGUGAAGAACAACACAGAUGUUACUGUAAAUGACUGCAAGUCCAUCCAUCCCAUAGAAGUGACUUCCUGCAGUGGCCACUGUGACACAGAAUCAAUGUAUUCAAUGGGCGCCAACAUCAUGAUGCACAGCUGUUCUUGCUGUCAGGAGAUGAAAACCAGCAUUAAAAAAGUGCAGCUGAAGUGUUCUGAUGACAGUGUGAUCGAUCAUGACUACGUCUACAUAGAGAGCUGCAAAUGCACUCCAGUUACGUGUGAAAACCAGAAGACCAGUGGAUAAAAGAUCCCGUUCAGUGCGUCUGCUAUACUGCUACAAUUCCAGAUAAAUUGCAAAAAACAUAUAUAUAUAUAUAUAUAUAUAUAUAUAUAUAUAUAUUGUUGAAAUAUGGGACCAUUCAGCUUUUUGUUCUAUAACUAUUAUCUCUCAGGGCAUUUUCAGGGCAAUUUGAACAUUUUGUUUCUUCUUUAGCAAUGCAAAAUAAAAUUCUUUACAUUAAAUUUUUGUGAAAUGAGUGAUGACUAUAAUAAAGCAAAAUAAAUGGCAAAAAAAAAA